CGCGCAUGUUUAGCCGAAAAUGUCGCCGAAUCGAGAUCUUUGCCUGGCGGUGAUCGCCGUCCUGGCAUUCGUGGGUGCUUCCCAGGCGGCUCCUCCACUGGGACGUGUGGUGAAUGGCACGGAUUCCAGUGUGCAGAAGUAUCCGUUUGUGAUUUCCAUGCGUGGUUCUUCAGGAUCGCACUCCUGCGGUGGCUCCAUUAUUUCCAAGCAGUUUGUGAUGACCGCUGCCCAUUGUACAGCUGGACGCAAGGCUUCCGACCUGUCCGUUCAGUAUGGAGUGACCACGAUUAGUGCCAGCGGACCCAAUGUAGUGGGCGUCAAGAAGAUCAUCCAGCACGAGGACUACAAUCCCUACAACAACUAUGCCAACGAUAUCUCUUUGCUGAUGGUCGAGGAGCCUUUCGAGUUCGAUGGCGUUAAUGUUGCCCCCGUUCAGUUGCCAGAACUUGCCUAUGCCACACCGCAAACGGAUGACGGUGGCGAGGGAGUGCUCAUCGGCUGGGGUCUCAAUGCGACUGGCGGCUAUAUACAAAACACCCUGCAAGAAGUGGGCUUGAAGAUCUACUCCGAUGAGGAGUGCACUCUGCGUCAUGAGGGUCGCACGGAUGGCAGAUACCACAUCUGUGGGGGCGUGGACGAGGGCGGCAAGGGUCAGUGCAGCGGCGACUCGGGUGGUCCUCUCAUCUACAACGGCCAGCAGGUGGGCAUCGUGUCCUGGAGCAUCAAGCCCUGCACCGUGGCUCCCUAUCCGGGUGUCUACUGCAAGGUUAGCCACUAUGCCGACUGGAUCAAGAAGAGCCAAAUCAUAUUGGCCUAGUCAUCCCAUUAUCUUUGACAAUAUUGAAAGGCGUAUGCCUGCAAUAAAUAAAGCUGAUAUAUAUUGAUUAAA